AUGGGCUUCGCGGAGAGGAAGCUGGGCUCCGUGGAGGCGGUGCGCGACUCCUUCGACGAUGUGCUUCGGCGGACAGGCCUCCAGGAUCGGCACUUGGACGAGUGGGAGGUGAAGCCGAGGCCGCGGACUGGGGCGUUCAUCGGCCCUCACGCGCGCAAGCGCACGUACAAUCCCAACUCGUGGUCGCCUUACAGAAACAGGCUGGGCAAGUCGGGUCCGGCUCGUGGCAGGUGGGACGAGCAAGAGCUUCGCGCCGACACGGUGCUGGAUGCGGAGGAGUUCGAGGAAUACUCGGACGACGAGGACCACCAGG